AUGGUUGCUUUCACUAUUGAUCAAAUCCGUGACUUGAUGGACAAGGUUACCAAUGUGCGUAACAUGUCCGUCAUUGCCCACGUCGACCACGGUAAGUCCACUUUGACCGAUUCUUUGGUCCAAAAGGCUGGUAUUAUCUCCGCUGCUAAGGCCGGUGAUGCUAGAUUUAUGGAUACCAGAAAGGAUGAACAAGAAAGAGGUAUUACCAUCAAGUCCACUGCUAUUUCUUUAUACGCCAGUAUGACUGAAGAUGACUGUAAGGAAAUCAAGCAAAAGACUGAAGGUGAAUCUUUCUUGAUUAACUUGAUUGAUUCCCCCGGUCACGUUGAUUUCUCAUCUGAAGUUACCGCUGCUUUAAGAGUCACCGAUGGUGCUUUGGUUGUCGUUGAUACCGUUGAAGGUGUCUGUGUCCAAACCGAAACCGUCUUGAGACAAUCUUUGACUGAAAGAAUCAAGCCUGUUGUCAUCAUUAACAAGGUUGACAGAGCUUUAUUGGAAUUGCAAGUUUCAAAGGAAGAUUUGUAUCAAUCUUUCUCCAGAACUGUGGAAUCCGUUAACGUUAUCAUCUCCACUUAUGCUGAUAAGGAAAUGGGUGACAUGCAAGUUUACCCAGACAAGGGUACCGUUGCUUUCGGUUCCGGUUUACACGGUUGGGCUUUCACCGUUAGACAAUUUGCCUUGAGAUACUCCAAGAAGUUUGGUGUCGACAGAGCCAAGAUGAUGGAAAGAUUGUGGGGUGACUCUUACUUUAACCCAAAGACCAAGAAGUGGACUAACAAGGACAAGGAUGCUGAUGGAAAGCCAUUGGAAAGAGCCUUCAACAUGUUUGUCUUGGACCCUAUCUUUAGAUUGUUUGCUGCCAUCAUGAACUUCAAGAAGGAUGAAAUCCCAACCUUGUUGGAAAAGUUGGAAAUCAACUUGAAGGGUGACGAAAAGGAAUUGGAAGGUAAGGCUUUAUUGAAGGUUGUCAUGAGAAAGUUUUUGCCAGCUGCCGAUGCUUUGUUGGAAAUGAUUGUUAUCCACUUGCCAUCUCCAGUUACUGCUCAAGCUUACAGAGCUGAAUCCUUGUACGAAGGUCCAGCUGAUGAUGCUAACUGUCAAGCCAUUAAGAACUGUGACCCUAAGGCUGACUUGAUGUUGUACGUCUCCAAGAUGGUUCCUACCUCUGAUAAGGGUAGAUUCUACGCUUUUGGUAGAGUUUUCGCCGGUACUGUUAAGUCUGGUCAAAAGGUUAGAAUCCAAGGUCCUAACUACCAACCUGGUAAGAAGGAUGAUUUGUUCUUGAAGUCUAUUCAAAGAACUGUUUUGAUGAUGGGAAGAAAUGUUGAACAAAUUGAUGACUGUCCAGCUGGUAACAUUAUUGGUUUGGUUGGUAUUGAUCAAUUCUUGUUGAAAUCUGGUACCAUCACCACUUCUGAAACCGCUCACAACAUGAAGGUUAUGAAGUUCUCUGUCUCUCCAGUUGUGCAAGUUGCUGUUGAAGUUAAGAACGCUAACGAUUUGCCCAAGUUGGUUGAAGGUUUGAAGAGAUUGUCCAAGUCUGAUCCUUGUGUCUUGACUUCCAUGAACGAAUCUGGUGAACAUAUUGUUGCUGGUUCCGGUGAAUUACACUUGGAAAUUUGUUUGAAUGAUUUGCAAAAUGAUCACGCUGGUGUUCCAUUGAAGAUUUCUCCUCCAGUUGUUUCUUACAGAGAAACCGUUGAAGGUGAAUCUAGAAUGGUUGCUUUGUCCAAGUCUCCUAACAAGCAUAACAGAAUUUACGUUAAGGCUCAACCAAUUGAUGAAGAAGUUUCUUUGGCCAUUGAAAACGGUACUGUUAACCCAAGAGAUGAUUUCAAGGCCAGAGCUAGAAUCUUGGCUGAUGAAUUUGGUUGGGAUGUCACCGAUGCCAGAAAGAUUUGGUGUUUCGGUCCUGAUGGUAACGGUCCUAACUUGGUUGUUGACCAAACUAAGGCUGUUCAAUACUUGAACGAAAUCAAGGAUUCUGUUGUUGCUGCUUUCCAAUGGGCUACCAAGGAAGGUCCAAUCUUUGGUGAAAACUUGAGAUCUGUUAGAGUUAACAUUUUGGAUGUUACUUUACAUACCGAUGCUAUCCACAGAGGUGGUGGUCAAAUCAUUCCAACCAUGAGAAGAGUUACCUAUGCUUCUAUGUUAUUGGCUGAACCAGCUAUUCAAGAGCCUAUUUUCUUGGUUGAAAUCCAAUGUCCAGAAAAUGCUAUUGGUGGUAUUUACUCUGUUUUAAACAGAAAGAGAGGUCAAGUUAUUUCUGAAGAACAAAGACCUGGUACUCCAUUGUUCACUGUUAAGGCUUACUUACCAGUUAACGAAUCUUUUGGUUUCACUGGUGAAUUGAGACAAGCCACUGGUGGUCAAGCUUUCCCACAAUUGAUUAUGGAUCAUUGGCAAGUUAUGGGUGGUGACCCAACUGACCCAACCUCCAAGCCAGGUGCCAUUGUUAAGGAAAAGAGAGAAAGACAAGGUAUGAAGUCUGAAGUUCCUGGUUACGAAGAAUACUAUGACAAGUUGUAA